AAGAUGGUGAGAGCUCCUUGUUGUGGGAAGGUUGGAUUGAAGAAGGGGACAUGGACCCAAGAAGAAGAUCAGACACUCAUAGCUUACAUAGAGAGAAAUGGACCUGGCAACUGGCGUGCUCUUCCUAAAAAUGCAGGCUUAUUGAGGUGUGGAAAGAGUUGCAGAUUCAGGUGGAUGAAUUAUCUGAAACCAGAUGUUAAAAGAGGGAACUAUAGCAGGGAAGAGGAAGAAACUAUCAUCGAAUUACAUGAUUUGCUUGGUAAUAGAUGGUCUACGAUCGCGGCAAGAUUACCAGGUAGAACGGACAAUGAAAUUAAAAACGUUUGGUAUACUCACCUGAAAAGGCGGCAGAAACAAAAUCCAACGAUGAAAGAAACCAGCCGGCCUGCCGUGGAAAUAUCCAAAUGUAACGCCGGAGCAUCAAAGGAAGAGUCACGGUCUGUUCCCUCACCCUUGAAUGUUCCAACCAUCACAGGAUCAGAAAAUUCCAGCUACAUUCACAUGUGUGGCCAACAGUCUUGCGGCAAUUCAUCUCCCUUAAGCAGCAAUUCCUUGAAUUGCAACAAGAUUAUCAUGGAAAAUUAUAUUGAAUUGUCUGCGACGGUCGAACCAUUGCUUCAAUUGCAGUUCUCUCCCGUUCUGAAUGGAGAUUCCGAGUGUCCAAGUGAUCCCUACCACCACGACAGUCUCAGAAGUUUUUGGUUAAAUCUGUUGAAGGAAGCGGGAGAAACUGCUGGACUGACUUCGUUCCCAGAUUACUUGGUGUUGCAUAUGCGGAAGUUUGUGAUGGAGGCAGGCUGGGUGCCAAAAAAGCUUGAUGUUUAUAUCGAUGUCCCAGAUAUCAUAGAUAUUAGUCACAUGCGCAGCAAGGGUUUGCAGCCAGGGGAAGAGCUACUACCAGAAGCAUUUGCUGGUGGUGAUAAGAGUGAAGCAGCGAAACCUGCAGCCAAUGAGGAAAUCGCUUCCAGGAGAGAUGAAAAGCUUAAAGAGGCAUUGUUGAGUCCUGAGCCUCAGCGAGCAUACAGUUUGCAGAGGCCCAGUGCCCAUGGUUUGAUGAUCCAGGUCGUCAGUCUACUCGUAUCCAGCAUGGACAGGGAUGAUAUAAAUGAUCCUAUUUCUCAAGAGAUGCAGGGUGCGGAAGUUCUGAUGUCCUUUGUUGAUGAAGAAAGUGUCAAUACUUUGAUUUCAUUUGGAUUUCAAGAAGAGGUUGCCUGA